AUGGCUCCAGAAAAAACCCAGUUGGGUGAGAUCAUCGAUCGUUACCGCCCAGACAUCCAGCCAUUUGAGGAUGUCUAUCGCCACAUCCACAGCAACCCAGAGCUAUCGGGUCAAGAAGAGCAGACUGCCAAGAUAGCAUCCGAUCACCUCAACUCUCUUGGAUUUGAAGUCAUCACCAAGAUUGGUGGUCAUGGCGUAGCAGGAAUUCUCCGCAACGGCAAUGGCCCGACCAUCCUUGUCCGGGCGGACAUGGACGCUCUCCCCGUCAAAGAGAAGACUGGUCUCCCCUACGCCAGUAAAAAAGAAGUGAAGGACGAGUCUGGCUCCAAAUCAGUCAUGCACGCCUGCGGUCACGAUUUCCACGUUACUACACUGAUGGCAGCGUCGACGCUUCUCCACAGCGCCCGUGACCACUGGUCCGGAACGUUAAUCUGUAUCUUUCAGCCCGCGGAGGAACAUCUCGAUGGAGCCCAAGCUAUGCUCACAGAUGGCCUCUAUGACAAAAUCCCUAAACCCGAUAUUGUUCUCGCACAGCAUGUUGUGCGCAUGCGCGCGGGUUCUGUCAACCUCCACGCUGGCCCCCUGCUCACCGCAGCAGAUGCGUAUGAUGUCAGAGUAUACGGUCGCGGAGGGCAUGGCUCCGCGCCACAGACAACGAUCGACCCGAUCGUCAUCGGAGCGUCGAUUGUUACAAAAUUGCAGUCGAUUGUGUCGCGGGAGGUGACUCCCGGAAAGCUGGCCAUCGUGACCUGCGGCAGUAUCCACGCAGGAACAUCAUCAAAUAUCAUCCCUGCCCAUUUGGAUCUGCAGCUGAAUGUGCGGACUUUUGAUGCGGAUGUGCGGAAGCAGGUGUGUGGCGCUAUCCACCGUAUCAUCGAGGCGGAGUGUAUGGCUGCUGGUGCGGUGGAGAAGCCCGACAUCAAGCGCACUUUCUCGACUCCGUCAACUAUCAAUGAUGGCAAGACUGUUGAUACGCUUCGUGAGACCUUCGCUCCGUACUUUGGAAAGAACCUUGUGGAGAUGGACCCGCCUGCUGCUAGUGAGGAUUUCUCUCUGCUCGCAACUGCUGUUGGGGCUCCAUAUGUGAUGUGGAUGUGGGGUGGAGUCGAUGAGAAGACUUGGGACGAUGCUGUUGACAAGGGAACUCUUGAUCAGUUGCCUGGUAAUCAUUCACCUUUCUUCGCUCCGGUUUUGCAGCCCACUCUGAAGACUGGUAUCGAUGCCAUGGCACUCGGGGCUUUGACCUUCUUGAAGAAGUAG